AUGCCAACCGCCACCUCUGCGAUCCAAGUUCCCGUUCAAGCCGUUCUCGUUUCUCUUUCCUCGUUCUACGAAACACACCACAUCACCAAGUCCGCCACCUUCCCGCCGCACGCGCUCUCCCUCACCUGGCAGGAGCUCCGCGAGACGGAGUUCUUCCGUUCCAAUUCCCUCGAUCCCCCCUGCUUCCAACCCCCGCGGGGAGCUCAUCUUCUCCUCUCGGGUCGACCGUUCCUUCCGCGAGUCGUACGACCGCUACCGCGCAGCGUUCGAGAGGAGAAGGGAGGAGAGGGAGCGCGCGGCGUACGUGAGCAGGUGGUACGGCUGGCUGCACCUGAAGAUGCCGUGGAUGAAGAAACCUGCGGUGCCGCUGGCGAUCUCGCCCGGUACUGCUACUCCAGUCGGCGGGGCGACGCACGCAGUCUCGAGGUCGGGGUCGGGGUCGUGGAGAGGACGCGGGAUGGGAAGCACUCCGUCGUCGUCACGUCGUUCGACGCCUUUGCAGGAGAAGUCACCGCGCAGUUCCCCUACAGGAAGCGAAUCUAG